AAGUGUUUGUUUAAUUUAUAAGAAAAAUACUGCUCCAAAAAUUGUAUUUCAAUGGCUCCAGUGCAUAUUAUUUCUCCCAUCAACGUUGGACACAUUGAUGAUGUCAUAGAACUUAGUAAGACUAAGCCAGACACUAUUCCCCAAAGGUUUGUGAGAGACAUUACAGAAAGACCAACAAUAGCUACGUUAACUCCUAAUAAAGCUCCCAUCAUUACUACUCCAACACAUAAUAAUCAUCACAUGCCUAUCAUUGAUUUCUCCAAUCUUAGUAAACAUAACACACAUGAACUCUUCCUUCAUGAGCUUCUGAACCUUGCAACUGCUUGUCAGAACUGGGGAUUUUUUCAGGUGGUCAAUCAUGGUGUUGACCUCAAUCUGAUGGAGAGCAUAGAGAAGAUGAGCAACGAGUUUUUUAUGCUACCUUUGGAAGAGAAACAAAAAUAUCCAAUGCUACCUGGAACAAUCCAAGGGUAUGGACAGGCUUUUGUUUUUUCAGAGGACCAAAAGUUGGAUUGGUGCAAUAUGUUGGCUCUUGCAAUUGAACCUCAACAUGCUAGGAAUCCAAAUCUGUGGCCUAAGAAGCCAGAAAAGUUCAGUCAUGUGCGUGGUGGCAGUGAAACAUUGGAAGAGUACUCAAGAGAAGUAAGGAAGCUAUGUGAAAAUCUUGUAAAGUACAUAGCAAUAGGACUAGGUUUGAAAGAAGAGGCGUUUGAUUCAAUGUUUGGGGAGGCAGUGCAAGCAAUAAGGAUAAACUACUACCCAGCAUGUUCAAGACCUGAGCUUGUGAUGGGUCUGAGCCCCCAUUCAGAUGGAAGUGCUCUCACUGUGCUUCAGCAAGCAAAGGGAAGCCCUGUGGGGCUUCAAAUUCUCAAGGAUGGUAUUUGGAUUCCUGUUCACACUCUUCCAAAUGCUCUUGUCAUCAACAUUGGUGAUACCAUAGAAGUUCUGACAAAUGGGAAAUACAAGAGUGUGGAGCAUAGAGCUGUGGCUAAUGAGAAUAAAGAUAGACUCUCACUUGUGACAUUUUAUGCUCCUAGCUACGAAGUAGAACUUGGUCCAAUGCCAGAAUUUGUUGAUGCAAACCACCCAUGCAAGUUUAGAAGAUACAAUCAUGGAGAAUAUAGUAAACAUUACGUAACACAUAGAUUGCAAGGAAAAAAGGCCUUAGACUUUGCAAAGAUCCAAACCAGCAAUGCAUUCUAGGAAGGCCCACCUAGCUUUUUAAUUGGAAAAUCAAGUGUUACCAUAUUUAAAAUUUUAUAUUACAUGACUU